CGUAUAAAUAGACUACUGACUUGUAGUUGAGCUUAGGCAAUGGCAGACGUUUUAACGGAUACUUUCACAAACUUUAUGUCACAGCCGGACUCAAAGAAGGACUUCAGGGUGACUCCCCCAGCACCGACACAAUGCAAGGUCCUAAUAGUCGGAGAGCAAGCUCUCGGACGCUCCGUGUUGCUUCUAGCGGCUGUUACAGCUGCCUCUCAGAUGGGCAUAAGAGUGGUGUUCUUCGCCCGAACGCAAAUCCAAAGCUUGCCAGUGUCUUUGCAGAAUUGUGUAGCAGGUCUGAGCCCGGAGAGUCUAAAGAAAAUCAAAUUCUGCUAUCCGAGGACAUUGGAAGAGUUGCUCCAGCAAGUGGCAGGCCUUCACGAGCCCACCAACACUUUUCCCAUUGCUCCAUCGCUGAUCAUCGUAGACAGACUGGAGGACUUUCUGUGGGGACGUGCAGGUGACAGCCACAGUGGGUGUCACCCCGGGGAGCAGUCCUGCGCCGCACACCUCUCAGCGUUGUUGUGCGACACAGCGACUUUCCUCACAGGAAUCCUUGAGCAGCAAACAUCUAGCCCCGCCCCCUGUCGUGUCAUCGCCUCUUAUAAGCCAAAAGAGCAAAGUGGCGAAUCCUCUGUCUCGGAUCAAGUCCUGGACACACUUGACCGCUACUUUCAGGUACGAUGUACUCUGGACCAAGACAGAAGCUACAAAGCUGGAGCAGCUGGACUGCAGGAGAUGUGGAACAUCUACUUUUCUGGAACUGGUAUCACCCUUGAACCUUGCACCAAAGACACUGAGAUUUAUGAGAACAGUUUCCCAGCAUCACCUCGAAGUGUCGCCAAAGCGCCAAAAGCUGUAGAAACGUGCGUACGCCAGUCAUGAAGUUGGCGUGAGGCACCGGACAUUUCCACGCUCGUUUCACUCUCGAUACAUCUGAACUUUGCCGUGAAAAAGAACGGACGCCACGUUUGUGUGCGUAUGCACCUUUUGUACAUGAGGCCCCUGAAGAAGAAAUAAACUACUGGUGUACUAAGGAAGAGACAGAUUAAAUGGGUAGACCGAGGAAAAGAAAAAGCAACAACAAAAAAAAGAUCUUGAAGUCCUUUAUUAUGCAGUAAGAUGAUGACCAAAAAGGCAUUACCAUAACAACUGCUUCAAAGGAGACUGAAGGGAGCGCUGUACAGUUAUCCCCCAAACUCAAAAGAGGCUGCGGUGACAGCCUGGAAAAACAUUUGGUGAUGCAAAUGAUUUUCAACCAAAUAUUACAUUUAAAUGAAUAUAUUUUAACACGACUAGUUACAGUACUUUUGGUGUUUUGUUACAAAUAUGUAUAGCCGUCUUUUAAGUGGUGUAUCGGAUCCAUAUGUAAAUACAGUACCACGAAA